UGAUGAAGCCAAAAAAACAUUAUUUAUAAACCUCUUGAUAUAAUAUUGCUCUAUCCUCUUCACCAUGAACCUUAUUCUAUUUCUUACAUAAUUACUUAUAACCUUCCCAAUAAGACAAAGCUGAUUCAGGCAUUGCUUUUCAAUUGCUUAACUAGCAAGUUGCAAAAAACUUUUUAAUUACUUAAACCGUUUGGAUGGAAAACUUUUCUUUAUGUAGUCAAACAUUCAAUACACCCAAAUGCCUAGAUGAAAGUAAGUGAGAAGACUUUUUAUUCAAGUUGCUGCAUAUUAUGAUAUAAUGACCCAGUCCUAAUAGUCAUUUUCUACUCGUAAUACGGCACUGCAUAUAUAGAAUUCUAACCAUCAAGAAACUCAUAUGUGCGUAGGAAAUAAUCACUGCUGCUGAUCCUAAAAAGGUUAUAUAUAGGACAUAGACAUUCUCUCUGCCUUGUAAUCUAACCUUCCAACUGUAUCUUAGUGUACAGGAUUAGUUGGCAGCCAAACCUUUUUGUCUUUUUCUAGAAUAGAAUGUCUCAAUCUUUAAGCUCUCUAAAGCUUUCAAUCUUGGACCUCUCAAAGGAACCAAAUCCAUCUUCUUUGUCCGCUCUUUUGGAAGCCUGCAAAGAAUGGGGCUUCUUUCAUAUCAUUAAUCAUGGAAUAUCUGAAGAACUUUACAGCAAGUUAUCCUCAUUUUCGAGACAAAUUUACUGCCUUCCCUCUGAGACAAAACUCAAGCUUGGUCCUUCAUCGUCUGUUAAGAGUUAUACUCCUCAAUUUAUAGCCUCUCCUUUCUAUGAGGGUCUUCGAGUUUUAGGGCCAGAUUUCUUUUCCUCUGCUGAAUGUUCUGGGAAAGUUCUUUUUGGCCAGAAGAGUAAUGAAUUCAGUGAGGUGGUGCAAGAGUAUGGGUUCAAAAUGACAGAACUAUCCAGGAGGAUUCUAGAGGCCAUAUUGAUGAGCUUGGGAGAAGGUUUUGAGAAAAAAUUCUGUGAAACUGAAUUCGGGAAAUGUUAUGGCUAUCUAAGGAUUAUAAACUACAGUCCCCCAGGACCAUCUCAUGAAGAAGUAGAAGGGCUUGGUAAGCACACAGACAUGUGCUGUAUGACAAUCCUGUAUCCUGACGAUGUAAGCAGUCUUCAGGUAAGAUCAAAGGAGGGAAAGUGGAUGGAUGUUGAACCUUGCAAGGGUAGUCUUGUGGUGAACUUAGGUGAUAUGAUGGAAGCUUGGAGCAAUGGAAGUCUAAGGUCAUCUGAACAUCGAGUCAUGUUAAGGAAACCUAGAAAUCGUUUGUCCUUGGCCUUCUUUUGGACUUUUGAAGAUGAGAAGCUGAUCUUUGCACCUGAGGAGGUUGUAGGAGAAGGUAAUAAAAGGAUUUUCAAGCCAUUUGUUUGCUCGGACUAUAUCCGUUUUAGAGAGUUUGAUGAUAAAGAGAGGUAUGAAAAAGUGGGGAAUACAGUUAGAGAUUUCGCUGGGACAGGAGUUGGGAUGUAAAUAAUCAUGAAUACUCCAGAGACCAUUCUUUAUAGUAAGAUCAGAAAGAAAAUAUUGCCUCCAAUGUACUAUUGUUAAUUGUAUUAUGACUGUUAAUUGGUUCCGGUUAUUUAAUAUAGUGUGAUCCUAACUGCGGUUCAUGAUUGCUUGCUAAUAAUUAUCCAACUGUUUUUUUUUUUUUCUGUUAUUCAAGAGAAAGACAGAUCACAACUAUGUAAGGUUUAGUUUAUAGGCGACUUGGAGGCUUUGACUUUGUUGCUUGUUGUUGUGGGAAUACUUAUGUGUUGUUGCUCCUUCCAUUAUGAAUUAUACAAGUAAUGUUUGGUUUUUGUGCCCAAUAUUUUUGUACAAAUGUUAGUUAUUAAUUAUGGUCUUACAUGUAUGCUUACAUCAACAUCUAGCACUUCAGCCGUGGCUGCAAGUCACACAGAAAGGACAUGAA